UCCUUAUACAGACAUUUCAGAGUGUGUUAUGAGAUAUAACCGUGAAACACUGUGUCGGAGUUUCACCCGUUAGAAAUACAAGAGCUAUCGCAGCAACCUUCUUUUGAAACAUUUGUGUAGGCUAUACGUUACGUGUCCGUGCGCGUUUGUGUUGCGUGUGUGUGUAUGAAAUAUUAGCCCGCCCAGCAGCCCUUCCUAUUUCCCCUCCCUUUCCUCAACAGUCUCAGUCGGUUCGCCCGCAGCACUUGCGUUCUCUCCGGCCGGGUUUCUCUCCAGACAUGGCUGCGAAAGUGUGUAGAUCGGUCCUCCUCCUGUCCCGGAGCAGCGGAGCCGUAGCCUCUUCUGCUUUUCCCGCAUUCGGUGUCUCCUCACAGCGACAUCAUCAGAGCACAAGAACGGAGGCACUGUCCAUUUCCCUUGGAAGUCACCAGACUGUCAGGAGAGCACACGGUCUGAGAACAGGAGCCAGGUCCACUCUCUUCUGUCACCCCAGUGCCGCUAUGACAGCCCAGGGCUGGAAGGGCUCCCCCUCAUGGCAGGGUCAAAGACUACUGUGUUCACCCGCUGCUACAGAAGACGUUACAGUGGUGUAUCAGAACGGCUUGCCGGUGAUCUCUGUACGUCUGCCGUCCCGACGAGAACGCUGCCAGUUCACCCUCAAACCCUUGAGCGACACGGUGGGUGUUUUCCUUCAGCAGCUGCAGGCGGAGGACAGGGGCAUCGAUAGAGUCGCCAUCUACUCUGCAGAUGGAGCAAGAAUAGCGUCCUCUACAGGGAUUGAUAUUUUACUUCUGGACAGCUUUAAGCUAGUCAUUAAUGACACAACAUACAUGGUGCAGCCGCCCAGCAGAGAUCAGCUACCGCACGAGGAAGCAGAACGCCUGAACGAUGUCAAGCUCUUGGUGCAGCAGCUCUACACCACCCUGCGCAUAGAAGACCAUCAGCUCACCAAAGAGAGAGAGCUCAUUGGACGGCUGGAGGACCUCAACUCUCAGCUCCAGCCCUUGGAGAAGGUUAAAGAAGAGCUGAGUAAGAGAGCGGAGCGCAGGACUACAUGGGUGCUGUGGGGUGGGAUGGCAUACAUGGCCACACAGUUUGGCAUUCUGGCACGGCUGACCUGGUGGGAGUACUCAUGGGAUAUCAUGGAGCCCGUCACGUAUUUUAUCACCUAUGGUACAGCAAUGGCUAUGUACGCUUACUUCGUGCUGACACGUCAGGAAUAUAUUUACCCUGACGCCAGGGACAGACAGUACCUGCUGUUCUUUCAUAAGGGUGCGAAGAGAACACGCUUUGACAUUGAGAAGUACAACAAACUGAAGGAUGCGAUUGCUGAGGUAAGCCAGCUCACAAACCAACAUCAUACGAGUCACUCCUUUCAUUCUCUUAAAAGACGGAAAACUGUUGUUAUAUACUCACUAGACAUGUGCCGGUAUUCAAUAUUAUGAUAUAUCACAGUAACU